GAGAUCCCGGAGACCCUCGGCGGCCGGCGCAUCGAGCCCGGCGACGUCGAGCGGCACAGCCGGCCCCUCGCCGGGCGACGUCAAGCGGCACAGCUGCCCCGGCCCGAGGACCCCAAGUGCGAGCCCGUGGUCCAAGGCGACGCGCCGAGCAACGACGACGGGGCCCCCGUGUUCCUCGGGACGCGCAAGCACUACACGGACACGUACUACUGCGGGCGGCGCCUGGGCCCCGACCUCCUCCAGGGCUACUCCGCCAGCGGGGUGUGCGGGCCCCGGGGCGGCCCGCAGUGCCUCUCGUGCAGGCGCUUCCAGGCGUUGGCGCGGCCGGACCGCCGCCACCACGCCGAAAGCUUGCACGACGACUCCUACAAGCGAGCGGUGAGGCGAGCGCAGGCCAAGGCCCAGCUGGUGGCGUCGGCUCUGGAGCAGCAGCUCCACGAGGCGCCCUCGACCGUCCGCGACGGGCGACAGGGCGACCCCGAGGUCUUCAAGCGGCUGCACGGCGACCACUCGAAACGGAAGGAGAAGCUGCAGGACGCGCGGUACCUCGUCGCCAAGGACAGCCUCGAGGUCUGGGCGACGACGACCUCGCGGAAGGUGCUCCGCAUCGUCGUCAGGGGGGACGUGGUGCAGGCCAAGGGCUCCCCCGAGCAGGUCGAGGGCGGCUUCACGAUGCAGCCGAUCGAGCCCGAGGGCGCGGUGGACGCGAGGUGCCUGCAGCCAGUCCGUGGCGAUCCGCGCCAGCUGCGAUUCAUCGUCGGCGAGAAGCUUGUGAUGCUCGGCCCAAACAACGAGAAGAAGGCGUGCACGAUCGUGAAGGUCGCAGCAGACAAGGUGAUGGUGAGCUACGGCGGCAUUGACAAUGUUAACCACGAAUGGGUGCAGAAGGACUCCGAGAACCUCAGACCCGCAAAGGCGGGGACGGACAAGCAGCCCUUCAAGCCGACGCUCGUGGCCGACCAGGCCGUGCUUGGCGCCGUGCGGAGCGGGCACGGCAAGGCGGCCUGGGAGCGCCUGUACGACAUGGGCCCCAAGCUUGAGGAGAAGCGCACCGAGGCCAUCCGGCGCUGCGAGGAGGAGGAGCGCGAGGCCCUGGCGCAGGGCAGCAUCCACCGGCACAGGCGGCCCACCGCGGGCGCCCACGGCGUCUUCGACCGGCUCCACCACAACUACGUGUGGCUCGGGCAGGAGGGCGCGGACGCCGCCGGCGAGAACCCCGAGUGGUCGGCGCGGCCGAGCUCUGCCUUCCGCGACCUCGAGCCCGAGUGGAAGGCGCCGACGGCUCUGGCCCUGGCGCCGUCCGAUGCGGCGAGCUCGGCGGGCUCGGACGCGUCCGGCGACCUGCGGGACGCCAAGAGGCGGAUGCGGUCGGCGAGGCUCUCCUUCCUGGAGGGCGGCCUGGACCCGGACGGCGCCGCGCCCUCCGCGGCCAGCGGCGGCUCCAGGCAGCAGCAGCCCCGGGCCGCCGCGGCCCGCUCGGGCGCCAGCCCGGGCCGCGGUGCCAGCGGCCUGGCCAGCACCGCGUCGAUGGGGGCGCUGUCGGCCGCCGCGGCCACGGCGCCGCCGAUGUCGCGGCAGCCCUCGGCUGCGUCGCUGCGCGCGUCCCCUGCGCAGUUGGCGCGGCCGAGCUCAACUGGACCGAGCCCUGCUCGGAGCCCCGCGCGGGGCUCACGGGGCUCCCCGGAGCACUGCGGCCGGCGGCUGGCCACCGCCGGCUGGAGGCGGCCUCAACCGCGUCCCCGCGCAGCCGGCGUCCUGGGGCGGCAGCGGCAGCCUCAGGACGAGACGGGACGCCUCGCGGGCCUCGCCGGCUCCUACAGCGAGGAGCCGGAGGCGGAGCGGUCCCCCGCGGUGCGGAGGCCCGCGCCCGCCGCCGCGCGGCCGGUGCGCGUCGGCACGCGAGGCCAGACGCCGCCGGCCCGCCGGCAGUAG